AUGGCAGCCAACUUUACCGUGUCAGUGGACGAGAUCUCCUGCCCAGUGUGCCACGACAUCUUCACCUGCCCUGUUGUCCUGUCGUGUAGCCACAGCUUGUGUAAGGACUGUCUGCAGCAGUGCAGGACAGCCGGCUUCCAUAAAUGUCCGCUGUGCCAGAGAGCGUGUCCCCCCGGGACCGAGCCCCCUGUUAACCGGGCUUUGAAGAAUCUCUGUGAGCGGUUCCACCUGGAACAGGAAGUCGCAGGGGGCUCGGAGGCUCUCUGCGGUCGGCACGGCGAGAAACUGAAGCUCUUCUGUCUGGUGGAUAAACAGCCGAUAUGCGCCGACUGCGUGCCGGAUUUGCACGACCGUCAUAAAUGCUGUCACUUAAAGGUAGCAGUGCAUGACCAUAAGAUGAGGAUGCAGGCGGCCCUGAAGCCCUUACAGGAGAAGCUGGAAAACUUUAAAAAGAUCAGUGAAACUAGAGAUCAAAAACUGCAUCACAUCACGAGCCAGGUUCAGCAAACAGAGAAGCAGAUCAAAGAGGAGUUUCAGGAGCUGCACCAGUUCUUGCGCCAAGAGGAGGCAGCCAGGAUCGCAGCCCUCAGAGCGGAGGAGAUACAGAGGAGCCAGACUCUGAGCAGGAAGAUGGAGGAAGUGGUCAGAAAGAUGAAGGCCCUUUCAACCACAGUCAAAGCCAUAGAGCAGGAGAUGGGCAAAGAUGAUGUUUCAUUCCUGCAGAAUUACAAUGCAACAAUGAAACAGACUCAGUGCACAGUGCAGGACCCAGAUGUCUCGGGAGUGCUAAUCGAUGUGGCCAAACACCUGGGCAACCUGAAGUUCCAAGUCUGGCAGACGAUGACGGGAAUGGUGAAGCACACUCCUGUUAUUCUGGACCCCAACACAGCCGGACCCUUCCUUAUAUUCUCUAAGGAUCUGACCAGUGUCACGUCAAGCAAAGCAUAUCCCACGGAUGCCACUCUUUUUGGCUCACAAGGAUUCAGCUCAGGGAAACACCAGUGGGAUGUUGAAUUUCACCGAUAUACUAUUGUAGAUAUAGGUAUUGCCGAGGAGUGUCAAAAAGAGAGAUGGAUAAUUGAUGACUUGAAUCUGAAGAUCUUGCCUGCCAAGAUCGAAGUCCUGCUGAAGAAAGUUCAGUGA